AUGUGUAUCGCCUUCUUCACCACCACUCAGCCCGGCUUCAAGCUAAUCAUCGCCUCGAACCGAGAUGAAUUCUACGACCGGCCCGCUACGCCCGCUGCAUGGCACACCUUCGGGCGUGAUAGCCCAGAAGGCUCGCGUGAGUUCUUGUCGGGGCAGGACCUGGCGGCGGCGGGAGGGGGGACGUGGUUGGGGAUGACGAAAGAUCUACGGAUAGGCCUCAUAACCAAUAUCCGCGAUCCUUCCAUCUCGCCUGCAGCAGCCGCUAUUCGCCGACCAGGCGCACCAUCCCGGGGACAGCUCCUGCGCGGUUUCCUGGAAGCUCCACCCUCAUCCGAUCCAAUACGGGCAUUUAUGGACGCCACUUCAAACUCGGCAGACUAUGACGGCUUCAACCUCUUGCUUUUUCAUGUCAAGCAGGACGGAGCGGAAGUAGGACACGUCAGUAAUCGGCCUGAAGUACGAGCAGAGAUCCUGGACGACAAGAGUAGAGGGGCACAUGGGAUCUCAAAUACACCAAUCGAGAAGCCUUGGCCAAAAGUCGUAGAUGGGGAGAAGGGGAUGGGGGAGACGCUUGCGGAGUGGGGGAAGGCAGGGGAGGGGGAGGACGAGCUUGUCCAGCGCUUGUUCCGACUUCUCAGACGCUCCACCGAGAUCAAGAGCAUAGCGGACGCCCCCCAAUGCACCUGUAUCCCGCCCGUCAUCCUCAGCGAUAGUUGGUAUGGUACGCGCGUGUCGACUGUGAUUCUCGUUUCGGAUAAAGACGAGGUGACGUUUGUUGAGAGGGAUAUAGGCGGACUGGUCGAUGGAGAGGGGACAUUCCUAAAAUCAGACAACAGAGUAUUCCGGUUUUAG